UCAUUUGUGGCCCAAACCGCGUGAAAGUUGUACGUCCAUCAGGCAGACGCUCCCGCUCGUCUCGUGGCAUAGCAAAGAAUAUAAAGAACUAAAAAAAGAAAACAAAUAUCAAAGUGAAAGAGUUAACAUUAGAAUUGGCAUUCAUUAUUUAUAGGCCACUCACGCGUAAAUUUCGUUAUAAAUCUACAUACACACAUACAUACGUGUGUACAAUACAUGCAUAGUAUUCUUUGUUUGCCACCGAGUAACAUUGAGCGUUCAGUCUGUGUGCGUGUGUUUAUGUGUUUUACGGCUAUUUUCUUCAAGUCUUGACCUAAUUUUCGUUUAACUGACGUUCCAGUGACAUUUUUUGUGACUACCGUUGGUAUUCGAAGAAACGGCGCCAAUUUGCUCGUGGCUCAAAGUGAAAUUGUUUGCUACUCGAAUUUUGUUAAGCGCCGAUUUCGUUUUAUUGCACUUUCGCUGGCAACGAUCGCUUAACUCAAAUAUCGAAAGCAUCACUUCAGUGCGUUUCAGUGCUACCCGCAUCUACCUUCAAUAUUUAGGGAGUGCUAAUUAUUUGUGAAAAGAUCUGCAACUUUUGCUUUCCGAAAAGUGAAAAUACUAAUAAAGAAAAAUAUGAAAAUGUUGAAGCUCGGUUUGAUUGCGUUUUUGACACUAAUCAGCUGGAUUUCGGUGAAGGCGCAGGAUGAUGUGCAACCCUACUACUUGCAACAGUGUCCGCGCGAUGAGGAAUAUGUCAACGAAUGCCUGCGUGACAGCGGCAAUAAAUUGGUGCAUUAUCUGCGGCAAGGCAUACCUGAGUUGGAUAUUUACGAGAUCGAGCCGGUCGUCAUCGAUGAGAUUGGCAUUGUGCUGGGCAGUGGACCGGACGGUUACCGAGCCCUAUUCCGUAAUAUACAAGCGUAUGGUGUUAGCAACAUAACUGUAACGAAUGUGCGUUCCGAUUUGGAAACUUUGCAAUUCCAGUUGACUUGCGAAAUUCCACACAUUAAAGUGCGUGCACAAUAUCGUUCCACGGGUGUACUGAUCCUAGUGAAAGCCUCAGGUGCUGGUGAUUAUUGGGGCGAAUAUGACGGUGUCAAGGCGAAAAUCUACUUCAAAGCCAAUCCAAAUGUGGCUGACGAUGGACGCACUUAUUUAACAGCCGAACAGGUCAAGAUGGACUUCAAUGUUAAAGAAAUAAAAAUGGGCGUGGAUAAUAUUGCUAAUGGCAACACGGUGAUACAGGCCGCAUUGAAUCUCUUCAUUAACUCGAACGCUCAAGAGUUGUUAAAGGAAAUGAAACCCGCGCUACGCACGAAGCUCACACUGGUCAUACGCAACUUCAUGGACCGGAUUUUCGCGAAAAUACCGCUAGACCAAUGGAUUAAUUUGAAUUAAUAGUUGCGUGAGCGGAGCUGCGCUGGCAUACGCGCAAAUGCCAGCGAUUGAAAUUAAAAUUUAUCAGUUAGCAGUUAAUUAGCUUAGCUGUAAUCUAAGGUGUAAUUAGAAAUUAGUUAAAAUCUAUUUAUUUAAAGAUAAACAAUUAGAGCUAAAAUUGUUAGUAUGCGACCAUUUCUAUUAAAUGGGAAAUUGCUAUAGAUUUACAUAUUUUAUUCAGUACAAGCACGACUACAAGUAAUGACAAUUCUUCAAAUAAACUUAAUUAAUAU